AUGGGCUCAAUAAGCCUCUCUCUCCUGGGUUUCCUUGCAUUCAUCAGUACCUGUGAUCUCCAUUGUCCACUCAGUCAUCCUGACAAUGGACUUCGUGAGUGCCGCAAAAAACUUACUUCACCAGCAUUGGAGGUCCUCCCUGGGGGUGGCUGGGACAACCUGCGUAACCUUGAUAUGGGGCGAGUGAUGAACAUCAGCUAUUCCCUGUGCCAGACCACCGAGGACGGCGUGUACAUCAUCCCAGACGAGGUCUUCAUCAUCCCACAGAAAGUGAGCAGAGUGGAGAUGAACUCGGAGAUCAUCAGUUCAUGGCUGGAACAGAAAAGCACCACUUCAAGCUCCAUUAAUGCAGACGGGUCCAUACGCUCUGUGCUCAACGGCAAGUUCUCCGCUGAGAACAAACGCAUGAAAACCCACCAAGUGAAAGAGAGUUCUGUCACAUCACGUGUACAGGUGCGUAAUCAUCUGUACACUGUUAAGGUGUUUCCUGAUUUCACUCUGGACACCCGCUUUGCCCGUCAGGUAGAGGAAAUCGCAGAUGCCAUCAAGAACAACCGAACCCGUCAGGCAGAGUAUCUGUCAGAGAAGAUGAUACUUGAUUAUGGCACACACGUCAUCACAAGUGUUGAUGCUGGUGCUACUUUGGUGGAGGAGGACUACUUAAAAUCCUCUUAUGUUUCUGAUAUGCAGUCUUCUCAGUCUUCUGUUUCAGCAUCAGCUGGUGCUAACUUUUUUAAAAAAAUAGUUGAAUUUAAAAUUGAAAGAUUGAAUAUAACUGGAUUUAUAGACCAGGAAACAUCUGAAACUCGGAGCUACCAGGGUAACAUUACAUACUCCAUAACACUGAGUCAUGGUGGGGCUUUAUUUUAUCCUGGUAUAACUCUACAGAAAUGGCAAGAGAGCACACACAACAAUCUGGUAGCUAUUGACCGUAGUGGACUACCACUCCACUAUUUUCUCAAUCCAUCAUUGUUUCCAGACCUCCCACUUCCAACAGUGAAUAAACUAGCUCUGUUUGUGAGUCAGGCCAUAGAACGCUACUACACAAUUAACACUCGCCCUGGAUGUGUGAACCCAGACUCCAAAAAUUUUAAUUUCCAAGCUAAUGUAGAUGAUAAUUCCUGUGAGGGUCCCAGCAGCAACCUUAACUUUGGUGGAGUUUACCAGCAGUGCACUCCCCUGACUUCAGACGGAGAUGCAAUCUGCCAGGAGCUCGCUGAGAAAAACCCAGCCACUGGCUCAUAUUCCUGUCAGCAACCAUACACUGCUACCCUAUUGCGCUCAGAAACACAGGAAUACAAUGAGUGUCAUAGGCAUUGUCAUUCGUGCUGGUUGGUGUCUGAGUGCUGUAAAGACAUCUGUGAAAAUAUGUCUGUUCGCAUUGACACCUACUGGUGCUCCACUAAUGAAAUGGCUCAAGAGUUCUCUGGAUAUCUCUUUGGAGGUCUGUAUGGCCCUUCUUUACAAAACCCAUUAACCAAAUCCAGAUCUUGUCCUCCAAAUUUCUUUCCUCAGAAAUUUUUGUCAAAUGGAAUUAUGAUCUGUCUGAGCAGCGACUACAAAACAGCAACCAAAUUCUCUGUACCGUUUGGAGGUUUCUUUAGCUGCCAGUCUACCAACUUGCUUGCAGGAAGCCAGUCUCGCUGCCCACCACAGUUCAGUCAACAUCUUGCAGCCAUAAGCGAUGGAUGCCAGAUACUGUACUGUGUUCAGUCAGGUGUUUUCACUGGAGGCGAGUUACUGCCCAUCCACCUGCCACCUUUCAAAAGACCUCCAGACACAAACAUUGACGAGAGGAAAAUCAAAGCGAUAAAACCGUGGAGUCUAAUGAAGCCUGAGGACAGCAAACUGUCCUCAUAUGAUGAUUCCUCUCAGUCAACAGGGAAAUAG